CAUAUGGCUGCCGCUUUAACUAACUUCUCAACUCCGACAGGGAAAGUGGCUCAAAUGCGCCUUCUGUCAGCGUGGAUGUGAACCAACAACCGAAGAGGAGAUAAAGCAUCCACGGGGAGAACAUUUCUCUGACACUCUAUGUAUUGGAUUAUUAAUUAAGUUUGCAUUUAAUUAUUUUUGAGGUGUAGGAUUGUCGUUCCCUCGUGUGCACCUGCUCUGCCGGACUCGCGCGCCGACUGAACCAGACUUUGUUUCAUCUGUUGGUUGAAAGUUUGAAAACAAGGUGAAUGUAUAGCAUGAUGAUGGAGACGGACCUCCAGUCCCCUGGACCCCAAACGAACACACAUUUGGGGCAAACGGGGCCGAACAGUGGGUCCAAAGCGAAUCAGGACCGGGUGAAGCGUCCGAUGAACGCGUUCAUGGUGUGGUCCCGCGGGCAGCGGAGAAAGAUGGCCCAGGAAAACCCCAAGAUGCACAACUCUGAGAUCAGCAAGCGGCUGGGAGCCGAGUGGAAGGUCAUGUCCGAGGCGGAGAAGAGACCCUUCAUCGACGAAGCGAAGCGGUUACGAGCAAUGCACAUGAAGGAACACCCGGAUUACAAGUACAGACCGAGACGGAAGACCAAGACGCUGCUGAAAAAGGACAAAUACUCUCUGGCCGGUGGCCUGCUCUCUGGGGCCGGCGGCGGUGGAAUGGGUCUGGGUGUCGGAAUGGGUUCAUCCGGCGUCGGCCAGAGGUUAGAGAGCACCGGGGGCCACGGGGGCUCCGCCAGCUCAGGCUACGCUCACAUGAAUGGCUGGGCGAACGGUGCGUACACGGGGCAGAUGGCUGCAGCUGCUGCCGCGGCGGCGAUGAUGCAAGAGGCACAGUUAGCUUACAGCCAGCACCCGGGCAGCGGGCAUCACCACCACUCACACCACCACCACCACCCGCACAACCCCCAGCCCAUGCACCGCUACGACAUGUCGGCACUCCAGUACAGCCCCAUCUCGAACUCUGAGGGCUACAUGAGCGCAUCUCCGUCCGGCUAUGGCGGGAUCCCCUACACGCAGCACCAGAGCUCUGGCGUCUCCUCCUCGGCUGCCAUGGGCACGUUAGGGUCGCUGGUGAAGUCAGAGCCGAGCGGUGUCCAGUAUGAUGACUGCCAUGGUGGACUGUCCAUGGAUCACCGUGGAGACCUGUGAUUGACAGACAGGCACUAGCCCCCGUCUGGCUGGCUGGCAGGCCGUCAUUACGAUGAGCAGGAGCAGAUUUGCUAUGCUGGCGACAGGACCGCACGGGAAAUGUCAACGACCAUCAGAGCCCCAGACAGACUCCCCUCCCCCAAGUACCUCACCUAAUGUCAGCUAAUGCCCAUGCUCAUCAUCCAGACCCUCGGUACCAUCAACACAGCUUCACAUACUUCAUUUACACUCAUUUACAAACCACAUGCACACAAAGCACUCUACCCCUGUAUAAUUCGUCCAACAACUCAACUCGCCUCACCCAAACCCCCACAUGGCUCACCCAUCCCUCACAUAUUUCACCCCAACCCCUAUGUAUCACCCAACAGCCUCACACCUCAUCCAACCACCACAGUACCUCACUCCUUAUGUGCGUCAUCCGCCCCACACAUCCACCCGUCACCCCCCCGUCACCCCCCAUGCACUUCAGCCAGCCUCCUAUAUUAAUACCCUGUCUCCCUCUAUUGGCCUAUUGCCCAGCAGCACUCUGCAUGUUAACAUUUCAAAAUUCCUCAAAUUGUGAGAAAGAAGUAUUUUCUUGCCUUCAGUCUAUUGUGAACAGCCAGUCUGCCCUGCAUGCCAGACAGCUAGCUAGAACGUCACGUGUGGCCAGUUCUGAGACAGACUGGCACUCUCACAGGCACCCUGACUAGAGUAAGUGCCUCACACAUAUUACAGCAGUUUAUUGCAGUUUGGCAGGACACUGACAACAAGACCAGCCAAUGCCUGGCAAACUGACUGACCCCCGGGCUAGUUGGCACCUAGUAAGAUAAGGAGAAAAUAUAAGGAAUAUGACAUUGAGAUCAUGUGUAAGUGAAAAAGGUUUCAGUAAUUAUUUUCUCUUUCUUUAAGUGUUUUUUUUCUGCAAACGUACACACAGUGCAAACGUUUAGGAAAUCUGUUCCAAGGUAUCUCUCUAGUAAAGUCUUAACAGUCAUCCUUCUCCUCUCCGGGCCCAGACACAGUGUCAAGUUCAUGUUGGUGCUAUUCAGAGCUCUGCUGCCUUGAAUGAUACCACAAAACGAAAUAAACACAUUAAAAUGGCUUCCUGUCGCCUCUCAUUGGCGACACAGGAGAACAUCUCAGUUUCAUUACAUAGGAAAUUAAAAGGAAGGGUAAUUGUAGAGUACAAGGAGGAAAGGUGAGGAAAACUUUCUGCGAGACCACAAUCUAACUAUAUUACAUAUAAUCACUCAUUGAAAUCGUUUUUUAUUUAUUUGAAUUCUGUUCCUCCAGCCUGUGGGAUUUUUAAAAUUCCUGCCAUUGAUCUAGAAGCUGCUUGAAGCAUUGGGAGAGAGGGUUAGAUCUGUGGUAUGGAAAUACUGGGCAGAAGUUAUGAAUGAGGCAAUCUAAAAAAUUAAUGGGUAAAUCAAUGAAGCAUUCAAUGUGCAUCAACAUUGACUUAAUCAAGCAUUCGUCUUUAUGGUCUUGUAUUAUUGAUUUUAUAUCAACGUAUCAAGUUGAAAUCGAAAUGAUUUUUGCUUCUGUACAUUUUGAGGAUUGACUGAAAACCUGUCCCUUGCAUUAGAAAUAAAAUGCAA